CUUUCGAAUUGGUAUGGUAAAACUAUCGAUAUUCAGGAGAAAACUGAAGAGAUGGCAUACUUGGUAUCCUUUAGCCAAAUAUUUUGUAAUAUUGAACCAGGUACUUCACUAUAUAAUGUACUCAAGUCAGAGUUUGAUAAGUUGACACUUGGAACCUUGUCCUUGCCAAUUAACCUUCCUGGUACAAACUACUAUAAGGGACUCAUGAGUAGUAAAAAUAUAAUGAAAUAUGUGAGCAAGAUCAUAGAAGGGAGGAGAGUUGCUUCAGUCCCACCUCACAAGGACCAACUUAAUGAGCUUUUAGGGAUUAUAGACUCUAAAUAUCAACUUAGUGAUGAAGACGUAAUUAACCAGAUAUUCACAUUGCUGUACUCAGGAUAUGAAACUGUCUCGACUACUACAAUGAUGGUGCUUAAGUAUCUUCAUGAUCAUCCAAAAGCUCUUCAAGAACUCCGUGAUGAACAUUUUAGGAUCCGUGAAGGCAAAAAGCCUGAUGAGGGAAUUGACUGGAGUGAGUACAAGUCCAUGACUUUUACGCGUGCUGUGAUCUUUGAAGCCACUAGGUUAAAAACUGUUGUCAAUGGGGUCUUGAGGAGAACAAUAGAAGAUGUUGAGCUGAAUGGGUUCGUCAUUCCUAAGGGUUGGAAAAUCUAUGUCUACACAAGGGAAAUAAACUACGAUCCGUUACUCUACCCAGAGCCUUUUACCUUUAAUCCCUGGAGAUGGCUGCAUGAUAAGAGCUUGGAGUCGCACAAGUACUUCUUGUUAUUCGGAGGAGGAACUAGGGUCUGCCCUGGGAAAGAGAAGGCUCUUGUUAGCAUAUCUUUGUUCCUUCACUACUUUGUUACUAGCUACAGAUGGGAAGAAGUUGGAGAACAGAAGAUCAUGAACUUUCCGAGGGUGCAAGCACCUAAUGGACUGAAGAUAAGGAUUUCUAGUUACUAA